UUCGUGGACAUCGCCGCCAAGGCCCCCCCAUCACUCUCCGCGGCAGCGCCCCGAGAGAGAGCGCUUCGGCCCUUCACCACCACGUUUCGUCUCGUCUGCCUCUGCGCUUAUCUCUUGCAUCAUUCUCCUUUUUCUGCGCUCGCCGCCCUCUGCGCUAUCGUCAAGCUCAAGAGCCGGCUGCUUCUGUGCCUCAUCGCCCGAAGCGUCUCGUCGAGGGUUCCUCGUUGCUGCGCCAUCGUGUACAGCCGCCGCAUCAUUGUGGGCUGUGCAUUCCCCAUCGCAGCCUGGUCUGAGGAGUCGUCACUCGUCGACCUCCUCCACCACUCCUCCACGCUUCCUCGACACUCCGACCUUCACUCACCGGCAAUCAUCACCUUCACUGACCACUACUCUCGAAAGACCCUGAUGGAGCGCUCGCGCGUGCCUGCAGGGCAGCGGCCCCAGCCUCCAGAAGGGACGCCAAUCGACCCUACGCAGUUCGCAAAGGACAUGACGACUCAGUUCCGACAACGACUAAGCACACGGCGCAUGAAUCAACUGAGCUCCCUCGCACAAGCACGAACGUCGUCUCCCGCGCGCCCUCUCGUGGGCGCGCCGCAAUCGCCAUCCGUCACCGACGCGCCACCCUCCUACUCGUCGCUACGGAACAUACCUCUUGUCCCGCAAGCCCCGCAUCCGUCCGAUCUACGAUCGCUCCGCUUCAGGAACCAGCUUCACAUGCUCUCCGAAACACCGACAAACUGGGAGAACCCGGGUCUCCUAGACGACGCAUUACGGGCCGUCCCGACGGAGAGGAUCUACGCGGCCGCCGAGGAGCAGAGUCAAGUGUACAAGGCACAGGCCGAGAGUCUGGGGAAAGCCCCGAAGUGGACUUAUGCCGACUGCGUCAUUCGUGCCCUUAUGACGUGGUUCCAUGACAGCUUCUUCGAGUGGGUCAACAACCCGCCGUGUUCACGGUGCUAUGCCCCUACUGUGGGCCUAGGCCGGACACCGCCUCUUCCGGAGGAACAGGCUCGCAGCGCCGGAAUGGUGGAGCUGUAUCAAUGUUCGAAUGCGCAAUGUCAAGGACUGGAACGGUUCCCCCGAUACAAGGAUGCCUUUGUCCUGCUAGAGGAACGGAAGGGACGGUGUGGCGAAUGGGUCAACUGCUUUGGCAUGCUUUGCCGCGCAAUAGGGGCUCGUGUCCGUUGGAUCUGGAAUCCGGAAGACUAUGUCUGGCUGGAAGUGUGGUCCGAGUACCAACAGAGAUGGGUCCAUUGCGACGUGACAGAGAACACGUGGGAUCAGCCCCUCAUGUAUACUGAGGGCUGGAAGAAAAAGAUGUCGUAUAUCAUCGCCUUCUCCUCCGAAGGUGCAUACGAUGUCACCCGCAGAUAUGUCCGGGACCAGAAAUACGCGAACCCGCGGAACAAGUGCCCGGAAUCCGUGCUGCUACAUAUCCUGGCCGAGAUACGCGCCAAACGCCGCGCACGAAUGACCAAGGAGGAGAAGUUCCGCCUGCAGGGCGAAGACAUGCGAGAAGAGAGGGCCCUCUGCGCCUGCACGAUCCAGGCCAUCAUCUCUGGAAUUAACAACCUCAGCAUUGAUUCUUUGCUGAGUGGGGCCCAUACCACUCCCCGAUCGGACAUCGACGCUCAAAAGGCUGCGGAGAGAGCGGCCGAGAACGCCCAGAGCCAAAGGGUCCACAGGUCCGGUGAGAGUCGCCAUGGCUCUCCGCGCAAUCAACAGAACCCUCAAGAUCCGCCGCGGUAGCAUUUAGACGUGCUUUUGGAACUCUUCAUGUCUCUCGAGGCCUUUGGUCUCUCCCAAUCGAGGGUCUCAUCGCGCUCCC